ACACAUUCAGUGUUUCUUCCUCUGGUGCGCCAUUCAAGAGAAAGAGACACACACAGAGAAGUUAGUAAUUAAUUUCGAUUUGUCUUGCUGAUCCACUCCUUCCAUUUUAUAAAUCACACCCCCCAACUCUAUCAACAUAGCUAUUAACAACACCUCAAUUCUAUUUCAAUGUCUUCUGAUAUCUAUACUUUCGAUAUUUCUCAUCACACACAUUCAACUCCAAACAUAUUCUCCUAUGAUCCUUACUACCCUUUCGAUUUCAUUGAUGCAGUUCAAGAGGAUUUCAACAAUUCUUUAGACCCUUUUUCCCUUUCUUCCCCAACCACCAACCAUGCGCUACCACUAACAAAUGGUUUAAAUACAAACACUGAGCUUGAAGAUUAUCAUAAUAACACAGUCAUGGAUUCCGCAAAUUUUCAGUGGCAUGAAUUGAACUCAUCUGAAAAUAGUUUCUUCACCGGACAAAUAAGAAGGGCAAGCAGUGAAGGCGAUUCCCAAACGGAGGAAGCAAAGUUGUUGAAAGUAGGGCGUUACAGUGUAGAAGAAAGAAAACAAAAAAUCUCUAAAUACAGAGCAAAGAGAAAACAGAGGAAGUUCAACAAAAUUAUUAAGUAUGAAUGUCGAAAGACACUGGCCGACAAUAGAACACGCAUACGUGGCAGAUUCGCACGUAACGAUGAAACCAGUGAGAUUCCAAAAACUCCAUGUUCAAAAACAGCAGAAAGGCAUUGUUCUGAAGAUGAGUUAUGGGUUGAUCUGAUUGAAGGAUUAAAUGAAGAUCAUACAUCAUGUUUUUAUUUAAGCUGAUACAGUACUAUUUUAUGUUGCUCAUAAUACUAUUAAUAGUAGAAGUAAAGAUCG